UCAAUUAUGAUGAAAGGCUGUUAAACCUAAAAAAUGUACCUUUCUGUGUUAAUUUUGUAUCUGGGGUUAAGGGUUAUUAUUUGGUUUUUGCCUGUACAUCACCGAUGUGAGAUCUAGUGGUAAGACAUCUUUACAACCUGGCAAAGGAUGCGGGUUCGAAUCGCACCCUGAGUUAUAUGCAUCUUGUUUUCUUCACAGAACGUUGGGUAAUAACUCGGUGCAUACACAGUGCACACAAACCAAAUAAUAAUGUACUUUUCCAAAGGACCAACUAUGUGCCUUUAAAAUUGAAUGCUAGUAGAUUAUUGUUUUCAGUGUAGAUUUUUGCAGAAGGAAUUCCACGCGUGUCCCACAACAAAACAGUGCACUUCUUCACCGUUAUAUACGAGUAGAGCUAAUCUGAUUAUAGUGCAUUAAAAAUCAAUUAAAUGGAAGCACAAAAGGACAGGUUUGCCGCACGGCAGAUCACUUUUGUGUUUUCACCCUCUAAACCCGUAUCUAGGCAAUGACUGGAAUGAUCCACUAUUUACACGGGGUAGGCUUGCACUUCAGAAUGGAGUGGUGAUUGUUUUUACCAGAUCUAUGCAUUGUUUUGAGUGACUGUAAUUAAUUUGAAAAGGUGUAACAAAUAUUUCUUCUAAAUCUUUUGAGGGAGGUACUUAAACACUUUAAUUUGGUUUGAUUUAAUCGGAUGUGUUCUGGUUUACUUUUUAGCACCCCUGCAAGAAAAUAGAAAAGUCAUGUACACCUGUCUUUGCACUUCCAACUCGUGUGUAUGUACUUGUGUACGGCUGAUAGAGUUGAUAAUACUGUUAUAAAUUUAAUGACAUUAAACGUCUUGAAUUAAUUAAUUAAACACCAAAUCUCAACUUGGAUCUUUUACCAAAGGAACAUUGAGCUUUUGAGACUACCAUUGUAGACAUAGCAAGCACUUCGUCAUGUUUGGGGUUUUCUCAACGUAAAGAAACACUUUUUUUACAGCAAGUUUUUGGGUGGAAAUUGUACCGCCAUCAUGGCGACCGGUGUAGUGCAAAAUCGCCGACCAACAACUUCAGGUGGAAGACUGUCGAAUUUACCCGUCAUAGAACACCCUAGAUCUCGUCUGGGCGAUAGAAACAGCCUGAAUAUACGAGGAACAAACCGAGGGGAUCUCAUUUCCCCUCUGGGUCGAUGUUCACCUCCGUCCGGCGACGAACUCAAGGCGGGUUUCGAGGGAGCAGCCAACGGGGUGAAAUCGAAUUUACCCCCUUUGAAGAAAGGCGAGAGUGAGCCGGUGUACGCUCGGGAGACGGAGAAUAGAUAUCUUGGGGCGUCUCUGGAUGGUGCUCGUAGAAGAGGCACAGGAACACGAAAACACAAUAGAAUGUUAACAUGGCCCCCAGUUCAUGAGCAGCGAGCAGGUGACCGAAGAGCACAGACUGCCAAAGUGCAAGGGGUCGCAGGCACACCAAGAAGAAAAUACAUCCCGGAAGAGCUUUAUGAAAUGAUCCGAGAGCGGUUGACCACAGGUUUCCACGGUCUCCAGCAACUCUUCCGCGCUAAUGACCCCCAGGGUAACGGCACCGUGUCAAGGGUCGCCUUAUCCCGCAUCCUCUACCACCUAGUUGGGUACCUCACCAGAGAUGAAGUCCAAAACUUUCUGACAAGAGUUGGACUUCAGGAAUCAGAGACGGUCUCCUUUGAUAGUUUCAUAUCCUGCUUUCGUGACAACGAGACGGUAAAGCGUGAGUGGUUAAGCCCUGUUGCCAGGAAGGAAUUCUCUGCAGAGCGUAAGAGGCUACCUCUAGAGGAGCAUCUACGCUCCAAGAGACUAGCCCCGGAUAUGGUGACUGCUACAUACGCAAAUGCAGUGCUGAAAGAGAAAUGCAGACAUAGUGAUUUUGACCUCCAGAAGCAUCUAGCUCCGUCUUGCUUCGAUACAGGUGCAGUUAUCUUACCUCCACAGCUUGAAGAAUGUCUUGCAAGUAUUGGAGUCCGACUAGACGACUAUGAAAUGCAAAAGUUUUGGGAAAGAUAUGAUUUAGAGAAUACUGGAGCCAUCAACAGUAGUUGGUUCCUUCUUCAGAUUGGUCUGGACAAUAGAGGGAGGUAUUUAGGACGAGCGAGAACCGCACCACCAAGAGUCAGAAAUCAACCCAAGACACCCUGGGUGCCCCAGAUUCGUGAAGAAGGCCAAGAACCUUUUGAUGAAACGGAGAACGUAGAAAUACCAUCAGCGGAACCUUCACUAGCUACAGAUUUACCGAGAGCACCGUCUGUAGAUGUAAUUUCUUUUCUACUGAGGAAGAUGGAGCAAAACUAUCACAGUUUCCUGAUGGGGUUUGAGCAUUUUGACUGUUCCAACGACGCCACCAUCUCUCGGGCCCAAUUCCGCAAUGUCCUGCUGGAAUAUGACUUACCCAUGGUGCCGACAGAGAUGGAACAACUACUAGAAAGAGUUGGCCUUCGUCGUAAAGACGGUCGAGUAAACUACAAGGAUUUUCUAAAUAGGUUUAUGUCACGAAUGGACAGCGGUAUUGCGCACCGAGUCAUCAUGGAUAACUCACACAGAUUCAACACCAGAGCCCAAACACCUGCUGGAAAUCUAACAGCCCAAGAUGCUGAAGCCAAAUUAGUAGAAAUGUUUCACAAGGACUUUCUCAAGCUUCUUGCUACGCUCAAGAGUCAAGACCAGUACAAUCUAAAGUUGAUCACCCAGAAGCAGUUUAGAGACAGUAUCGAUCGAGUCUUUAAUAUCUGCAUGACGGAUCUCCAACUGGAUCAGAUACUCAUGGACAUGGGGGUAGCCCUUGAUGACCUGGUGCCGUAUCCUGAAUUCCUCGCAGUCUUCAAUCGGAAAAGACAACCUCUUGUAUUACGCUCACCUACCCCUCGACCCCAAUCCCAACUGGGUACUGGGUACGUUACGCCCAGGAUACCCACACCAGAGGAGUACAUAGUUCCCCCUAACCUUGCUGGGUCCAUGGAGUUUGGGGGUAAGAAGCCUGAAGCGGAGGAUGGAGCAGCCGUCUUGGGACAUACUAGGAGGAAAGGAAUGGAUACAAGAUAUAGACCCGUCAAGGAGAUGGAAGACGCCAUCGAGGAAAUACUGAGGAGGAGAGGUUAUGAGGCUCAGGAGGCAUAUCAUAAGAUUGAUCGCAAGGCAACGGGAAGACUGUCUAAGACACAACUGCAUCAGUGGCUACAACAGCUUGGUUUUCUCCUCCACCCCACGGAGCUACAGACUCUCUGGAGUGCCUUGAACAUCGCUAAGGACGGUCUCGUCCACUAUGCAGAGCUCUUUGAUUACUUUAUCAAUCGGACCAGGCAAAGAGGGGCUGCUCAACCAGCCAGGACCAACGCACCUCAGCAGCAACGAAAGGAGAGGGCUGUGUUGAGGGAGACACAGUCCCAGCAUCCUAGCUCUAAGAGACAGUCUGGUGAGGAUGCCUCCAGAGAUAUGUUUGGAACGCCAGCUGAGGACAUUAUCAGCAGGAUUAGACCACAGGUUCUACAAAAUUGGGAUGAACUGAAGAGAUGUCUACGAGUUAUGGACCCAUACGGAGUCGCCAUGGUCCCAAUUCCACAAUUCCAAGAUCUUCUUCAUCAUGUUAACAUCAAUCUAUCCUCUGACCAACUGACACGACUCUGCUCUCGAUUUGACUUCAGUCAGAACGGACAGUUUCACUAUCUACAAUUUCUUCAACUGUUUGUCGAGUCCGGAAGUAGGAAGUCAAGCAAGUCUGGGAUCCGGGUGUCGGACCCAAAAGGUAAAGGAAGUGACGAGAUUACUGUGUCAUCUGCCUUGAUAAAGAUCAGAAAACAGCUUUUACAAGAUUGGAAGAGUCUAAGAAGAGUCUUCAAGAAAGCCGACCUCAAUCAAGAUGGUUCUCUGAGCGUGCCCGAGUUCCGUCGCAUCCUAGCUGAAAGUAAACUCCGCUUUGAUGAGGAAGAUUUCUAUCACAUCGUCUCGGAGCUUGAUAAGAAUCUUGACGGGAAGAUCUCGUAUGAUGAAUUCAUAUCAAGUAUGAUGUCAGUUUGAAGCAUCUUAGGAUUGGCGUAGUCUUAUAAAUCUUUCCUCGCCUUCCUAGGUAGAUGCUGAGAAAAGUUUUCCAUAUGUCAUCACAACAAAGGAUGUCAUCCCUCAUACCAAGAGUGCUGUUCUUGAAUGUAUUGUUGUAAGGCCGUGACAGAAUUGGUGGCUACAGCUACGGCUAGAUUUCCACGUCGUCAUGCGUUUAAGUAUGGCCCAUCCUUAGCAACACUUAGCCACAGCCAUCGUGUAGUUGUGUCCACCGAUUUGGACAAGUAUACAAAUAUUGACUGUUCGAGUACUAUAGUUAAAACUACGACUCCCGAGGUGAUCUCCAAAAGACUAUUUAUCAUCUUCGUACACGUAAUGUUCGUAUGCGCGUUUCAGAUACACAGAUGCACAGCCGAUUGGGUUCGAGUUGGAUAAAAAGACAUCUGGGUACUGCACACCGUGUGAUAGUCGUCAGACUAUCACGCGGCAAACGAUGCACUCUGACCUCCCCGCCGUCUAGUAAAACUUAGACAUAUCAUGUGAUGUGCUCUAAACCAAUGAAAAGGCAGAAUAUUUGUACGGGGUGUUAUAAAAGCCAAUUUAUUCUUUUUCAAAGAUGUCAUCAUCUGGCCGAGUGGUUGGGUUGGCGUAGUGGUAUCUUUCCUCGCCUUCCACCUCUAGUACCCUGGUUAGAAUC